AUAGUAACAUACUACACCAGUUCAUUAGACGCAACAAGUUUUGAGGAUGCCACUGGCUAGCAGAACUCUGACCACUUCUUAUCAACUGGACAAUCGGUAUACGAAGUUCAUUUUUAAGUAGAAGAUCGAAAUAAAGAAGAAGAAUUACGGAAUAAAAUCCGGGAAUGCAUAAACAUUGUCAUUAUUGAAGAAGUAACAACACUGGCUGGGAACAGAGAAGAUAAAGCUGAUAUUCAGAAGAAAAAGAAAGUACUUAUUCAAAAUGGUGAUGACACGGCAAGAUGCGGAAGCACCAACUAUGAAGGAAGAGAUACCGCACGACCAUCUCUUCAAAGUGACUGGGUUAUCGUCAACGAAUUUGGAGAAGCUUGCUCAAGAGAAGACUUCAGACUUCGAAGAAGCCAUCGCUGCUACCAGCUACGGCCGAUUCAACAUCUACAUGAUGCUGGCCACCCUGCCAGCCUUCUGGAGCGCGGUGUCUGUCACCAGCUCCGUGUCGUACAUCUUCACCAGGGCCCAGUGCGACAUGCAGCUCAACCUCUUGGAUAUGGGCACUGUUAGUGCCAUCACUUAUGGGGGCAUGAUAUCAUCAGCGAUGGUCUGGGGAUUCCUGUCAGACACCCUGGGCCGGAGACAGAUCAUGGUGUGGGGGUUCUUCUGUUCCGGGCUGGUGGAGGCGGCUGCCGCCAUGAGCCAGAACUUCGCCAUGCUGCUGGUCACCAGGUUCUGCAGCGGGUUCCUAUUCAACGGCCCAUUCGCAGUGCUGAUCUCGUACCUAGCAGAGAUGCAUCGCACGGAGCUGCGCGCGCGCGUGAUCUUGCUAACCAGUCUGUUCUACACCAUCGCUAACACCACGCUGCCGCUGCUGGCCUGGGGCAUCCUCACCAGGGACCUCGACUUCUACUUGUUUGGGGAGAGGCUUGUGAUACACUCCUGGAACCUGUUCCUCCUGGCAACAGCACUGAUGCCGAUCCUCACCGGGUUGUCCUUCUUCUUCCUCCCGGAGAGCCCCAAGUUCCUCAUGUCCCGGGGAAGGAAUGAGGAGGCCAUGGAAGUCUUCCGGAAGAUUUAUGCCCUAAAUACCGGGAUGAAAGGAGAGGACUUUCCGAUCGCAAAACUGGUGGAAGAGAAGUCAGAGCAGCAGGGCCGUGGAGUGGCAGCUCUGCGGGGAGGGUGGGCCCAGCUGUGUCCACUGUUCAAGGUCCCGCAUGGACCCUGGUUACUGCUCAUGUGUGCCAUCCACUACAGCGCAAUGGUUGGGUCGAACACUCUCCGGCUGUGGUACCCUCAGCUGGCAGCGAUGAUUGGCUCGGCGUCCAACGAGAGCCUGUGUUCUGCCAUCGCCCCUAGCAACGCCCCUGUGGUGGACGACUCCAUCCUCUGUGUCCCUAUACAAACAGACAUGCUGACGUAUCUGCAAAGCGCUGUUGUUGGCGCUGGCUCUGUGCUGACCUAUGGGAUUGGAGGGGUCAUUGUUAAUCGAUGCGGCAAGAAGCUGGUGGCAGGUAUCUGCGGCAUCGCCAGCGCACUGAUGAUCAUGUUGAUGCCGUUGCUAGGCAACGGGCCGUUCGCCAUCGUGGCCCUCGUGACCACUGCACUGGCCUUCGCGUCGUUGUGUGGAGCUUCACUAUCCAGCAUCAAUGUGGAGCUGUUUCCUACUUCUCUCAGGGUAAUGGCAAUGGCCACGUUCCUGAUGUGCGGCAGGCUGGGCACCAUCUCCGGGACUGUUGCCUUCCCAGCUCUGAUCAGCUACGGAUGCUACCCACCAUUUAUAACCAUCGCAUGCGUUUUGACUGCAUGCGGUCUGGCCUGCUUCCUCUUGCCGAAUACAACGCUGAAGAAAUUGGAGUGAAGAAUUUAAUUUUCUGCAAGCCACCUAUACAAAAAGGCACAUUAUAUUAUUUUAUUCUUUGCCACGCGCUAUAUUGAUUUCAAAGAAAAAAAUGUGUGUCACGUCAGCUAGUCCACCUAGCGUUAAUAAAAAAAAUUUAAUUUUUAAUGAUUUUAUUUGUUAUUAAAUGUGAAUAAAUGAUUGUGAUGUAAAAAUGCUCGACAAAAUAUAAACUAUAUUGUUCCAUUGUAUAAAUAAUGUUCGGUUGUAUUGUAUAUUUUGUAAAUGUAAUGUGUUGACAGUGGUAUUGUAUUAAUGUAAAUAAUGUAGAUAAAUGUACAAAACAUAUUUGUAAGUAUGUAAAAAGAGCAUAAUGUAGGAAAAAUAAAACUGCUAUACUUUUUAAAAAUA